AGAUACUCGUAGCUGUGACAUUAACGCAGAUUGGCUGAAAAGUCGUAGCUUUGUGUAUCAUACUGUACGGCCAUCAGGACUACAAAGAAAAGAUGGCGGCGGCAGUGACAUCCAAGCGCGCGCGCGGCGACGAGACCGAACCGGCGCGCGAGAAGCUUCCGCUCAAGCCGCAGGUGGUGCGAAUAGAAGUUCUGGGAGACGAGAAGGUGGGCAAGACGUCGCUCAUCUGCUCGCUGGUGUCGCGUCACUUCAGCGAGAAGGUGCCCAGCGUGUUGCUCAACGUGCAGAUCCCGGCCGAGGAAAGCGACGAAAAUGUCAUCAUCUCCAUCACUGACACCUCCUCCCGCGUAUCCGACUUGAUGCGAGUGACGAACGCGGCCAAGCGUAGCGACGCCAUCCUGCUGGUAUACGACUUGACGAGGCCCGAGACCUUCCAACGGCUGCGACGCUGGCUGGACUUCAUCGCCAAGAAUAAAGAGAUCCCCGUCGUGCUCGUUGCCAAUAAGGUGGACAUCAACGCUGUCACGCCCACCACUGAUGGCCCAUACGCGAGUCAAGUGCGGAACCUGGUUAACACAUAUCCAUUUGUAGUAUCGGAGGUGGAAUGCUCAGCGAAGAAUUUUACCCAAGUUGCUCAAGCUUUCUUUUUGGCACAGAAGGCGGUGCUUUAUCCUGUUGCUCCACUUUACAAUGAAAAGAAGCGGCAAUUGCAACCAAAAUGCCGCAAGGCGAUUAAGCGAGCGUUCCGCUUAUAUAACCGCGAUCGCAGCGGGAUUCUCAGUCGUGAGGAACUCAACGAGUACCAGUACGAUUGCUUUGGUGUGCGUCUUCUGUCUGCGGAGAUCGAUACGCUGAUGGACUAUCUGUCGUCGGUGGUACCGACCGGAGUGGCUCCUGAUCGCAGUGGACUUCUUGUAGAAGGCUUUAUCUAUCUGUGGUGGCUGUUUAUCGACCGCAACCGACCAGAAUCGGGCUGGCAAGUGCUGCGCAGUUUAGGAUACAACAACGGCUUGCACCUGGAGAUUCCUCGGGAACGUCUUCAGUUGCCUCCUUAUGAAGAGGACCAGUCUGCGCAGCUCACUCCUCAAGCUGUCGAGUUCCUAACGAACUUAUUCCGUCAAUUUGACGCAAACAAGGAUAACAAUAUUGCGGAGAAUGAGGUUGAGGACAUUUUCUCCAUUUGCGAGGAUGAAAGUGCGCCAUGGACGACGUGCUCAGCUAUCUCGUCGCCGCUAUUGUAUGAAAGAACACUGGUGGAUGGCAAACCUACAAUGUCGCUAGAAGUAUGGCUCGCUUGCUGGAGCUUCGUUGCGCAGGAAAACCCGCAAAAGCUUCUUGAAACGCUGUUCUAUCUGGGCUACAACGACAAGCUUUUCCCGGCGGUCGAGUUUGUCAAGAGCCGUAGCUUGACGCGCAAGGCCAUGAGGAUCGAGCGGAAUGUAGUCUCGUGCUACAUUUUUGGCUCCCCUGAGUCAGGAAAAGAGCACUUUGUGCACACUUUUGUUGGCGGAAAUGAGGGGGCCUCAACAGACGAAGAGCAGAUCAUUCUUCGUGCUAUCGGAGCUGUCCCUGAUCGAGACACGACAAAAUACCUCUUUGUAUGUGUUGGUUGCAGUUUAUUUGGGGGUGAGAAUGUGACUCAUGACCUUUUUUUUAUUGUCGAUGUUUGUAGAUAACGGAGGUGUUGUCUGAUGACGAGAUCGUGAUGAAGGCAGAUGUUUUGCUUUUGGUAUUGAACCCAGAGGAUGAACCGAGUAAAAUAUUCGUGGAGGAAUUGGACAAGAAGCUACCCUCAUCAAUCCCGCGAGUUGUGAUUAGCUUCAAGCCUGAGACUCGCGAGAAAGACAUGGAGGUUGCCAUCGAGGAUGCCGACGAAAGCAGCUCUCUCGUGAAGGUUGAGCCCGUCGAUUUUGCGAUUGAAGCGACGCUGAAGCAGUACCCGACGUCGCUGAAGUGCCACGAAGCAUACUACGUUAAGGACAAGGUCGCCCGCGUCCUCGUGGCUACUGCAUUGCGACCGCCCAUGAACGCGCGCUCGAAAUCUUCGGGCAUUUGGCUGCCAGGCCGAAAGACGGGUAUGGGGGUGAUCGGGCUAACCGCCGUGGCUGUCGCUGCGUACGUCGCGAAACCGGAGGAGAGUAAGGCAGCUCUGAGCGAAUUGGCGUCCAGAAUGCAUUUGAAGUAAGUGAAAAACAAAAGCUCUGUUCAAGAUAUCAUGUCGCUUGGAUUGCUCCACCUUUUCGCACUUAUCUGGAUAAUGUUGAAGCCUCAUCCCAUAAUCAAUGCUAAUCAAUGCCGCACCAAAUUGGAACCCAAUUAUAGAGGGUAAAAGUUUUACCGUAAAACUCCUUUCAGUUUUAUUAACGGUAAUCUGUUCACAGCGACUCUGCUGCUGAUCGGAUUGGAAAUGUUCACACAAGUACAUGAACUAUAGUACGCUCUAGAUAUGCAGAUAGCAACGACCAAGAAAUUACUAGACAUUUCCAGUUCCUCGUUCUUCUGGAACGUUGUGUGCAGCAAGCGGUGCUAUCUAGACAGCUUGCUCGGCGUGUCACGCAUGGAAACAGUCAAUUC